UGCGUCACCUGACCGCUGUGGCCCGCGAGCUCCAUGGCGGGCAGCGCGCUCGGGCUGCGGCUGCUGCUGCUGGUGGCGCUUUGCGGGGCGGCGGCGGCGCUGUGGCCCUGGCCGCACUAUGUGCGGGCCUCGCCGCAGCGCUACCGCCUGCGCCCCGCCGCCUUCGCCUUCCGCCACCACUCUGGCUCCGCCGUGCAGCCCGGCUGCGACGUCCUGGACGCCGCCUUCACGCGCUACCGCCGCCUCCUCUUCGGGGCCGGGCCCUGGCCGCCGCCCAGCACCUUGAGACAGAACCAUUUAUCAAAGGAUGUGUUAGCUGUCUCUGUGGUCAACGAGGGAUGUAACGAGUUUCCUACGCUGGAGUCCUUGGAGAAUUACACCCUGACCAUAAAUGAUAAUCAGUGUCUGCUGGCUGCGGAUACUAUCUGGGGAGCCCUCCGAGGUCUGGAGACAUUCAGCCAGCUUGUGUGGACCUCUGCAGAGGGCACAUUCUUCAUCAACAAGACGACCAUCAGAGACUUCCCACGCUUCCCCCACAGGGGCUUGCUGCUGGACACAUCACGCCAUUACCUGCCGCUGUCCAGCAUCCUGGACACACUGGACGUCAUGUCGUACAACAAACUGAACGUGUUCCACUGGCACGUGGUGGACGACCCCUCCUUCCCGUAUGACAGCAUCACCUUCCCUGAGCUCUCCAGAAAGGGGUCCUACAACCCUGUCACCCACAUCUACACAGCGCAGGACGUCAAGGAAGUCAUCGAGUAUGCACGGCUCCGGGGGAUCCGCGUGCUAGCAGAAUUUGACAGCCCUGGCCAUACACUGUCCUGGGGACCAGGUAUCCCUGAGCUGCUGACUCCUUGCUACUCUGGGUCGCAGCCCUCUGGUGAAUUUGGACCGGUGAACCCCAUUCUGAACAGUACUUACGAGUUCAUGAGCUCAUUCUUCUUGGAGAUCAGCUCUGUCUUCCCGGAUUUUUACCUUCACCUUGGAGGAGAUGAGGUGGAUUUCACCUGCUGGAGGUCCAACCCAAGUAUCUCGGUGUUCAUGAAGAAGAAGGGCUUUGAUGACUUCCGACAGCUGGAGUCCUUCUACAUCCAGAAGCUGCUGGACAUUGUCUCUGCCUACAACAAGGGCUACGUGGUGUGGCAGGAGGUGUUUGACAACAAAGUCAAGGUUCGGCCGGACACGGUUAUCCAGGUGUGGCGGGACAAGAAGCCGGUCACCUACAUGGAAGAAGUGGCACUGGUCACCAAGGCCGGCUUCCGGGCCCUGCUCUCAGCACCCUGGUAUCUGAACCAUAUUGCAUACGGCCCCGACUGGAAGGACAUGUACAAGGUUGAGCCCCUGGACUUUCAAGGAACCCCUGAGGAGAAGGCGCUGGUGAUUGGGGGAGAGGCUUGCAUGUGGGGCGAGUGGGUGGACAGCACAAACCUGGUCCCCAGGCUCUGGCCCAGGGGAGGGGUGGUCGCCGAGAGGCUGUGGAGCAGCAACCUGACCACCAACCUGGACUUCGCCGAAACACGCCUGACACACUUCCGCUGCGAGUUGUUGAGGCGGGGCGUCCAGGCUGAGCCCAUCACUGUCGGCUACUGUGAACAGGAGUUCGAGGAGACCUGAGCCUGCAGCCCUGGCACCGAGGUAUUUUGUCCCAGCAUUGAGAGAAAAGUAACCAAAAUGGAAUUUAGUACCAGAAAUGAAGUUGUCACUAUAACACUACCUGACUGUGUGGUUCAACAGCCUUUGGGAAUGGCUUGUGGGAAGAGUUUGGAAAGGUUCAUAGAUGGGAGCUGAAGGAGUAGCACUGGAAUGCCUUAGGCUGUUCUGUAUGGGAGAUUUUGGUCAGAGUCCAGAAGACCGGAAGACUGAUACAAAUACUGCUGGUAAAGACCAAACUCAGGAGAUUUUUGCUGGGAAGAAGGACUGCCUUGGCUGCUGGACUGUAGAAAACAUAUGGCUUGGCAGAAAGUUUGUCUGCAUUUUCCUUGUAUCCAGAGACCUUGCCUGAGCCCAAAAUUAAGAGUGGUGGAACUAAUCUGGCAGAAGAAAUUUCAAGGCAGUCAAAUGUUGAUGUGAUGGCAUGGCUAUUGUUGGGGGAUUUUAGCCAUAUUUAUGAUGCAAAUCAAGAACACAGGACCCAGUAGAAUGAUUUAAAAUGUUUCAAGUUUGAUCAGAAAACUGUGGACUGCAAAGACAGAUUAUAGGAAAUAUGGAUUGCUGAGAAGGAACAGAAAAAUAGAAAAGAUGGCCUGAGGGCUUCUCCACCUUUUGCUGCUUCAAAACUGCAAAGGUGAAAGACUGCUUUGAGGAGAAUGCCAUAGUAUACCAUGUUCCAGAAUGGUGGCAGCAGAGAAAAUCUGUUCCUCAGAGUUGGAAUCAGAAUCCUGUGACCCAAGCACUUGACCCCUACAGCCAAGAGAGAGGUAAAGGACUACGGCUCUAGCUAGCAGCACACUUUGGCAUCAUCCACAUGGCACUGGUUUUAGGUGCACAAAAAAUGCAACAGUUAUGGGUUUCUGAAGGCUUCCAGCUCGAUUUCAGAAGGCCUGGAGGCCAGGAAGUGUUCCCCUGAGAGGGAAACAUGUGAAGCUGUGAGGGUGAGGACAAAGAUGAGUGGAGACCCCAGAAGUUUGAAGAAGCCAGAAACAUGGAUUGUCUGACGAAAAUUGCAAUGAGGGAGUAGAGUAGGCCCAACAAAGAAGCUAUGGGCCCUGUAACCACCAGACAUGCCAUAGUGGUGGAGUCGCUCAAACCCUUUGAAACUCACAAUUUGCCAAAGAUUACAUCAGAUGCUGGACAUGAAACUAUAGAACUUAAUGUUUGCCUUGCUGGGUUUUGGGCUUGCUUUGGCCCAAAUCCUUUGGAUUCCCCUGUUGGUAACUUUUGGAAUGAAAAUGUUUAAUCUUGUUCCAUUGAAUGUUGGAAGUGUUGUAACUUUUUUUUUUUUAAACUACAGCAAAAAUUUAAAAUACAUCAGUCAGGGGGUAACAAUGGUACAUACAUUGUGCAUUGUCAUUCCCAAAUAAUUCACCCAGAGCACACAAAACAUCUACCUUCAAUUGUCCAAACAAUAUCAGUACAAAUCUUUCUCUUCAGUAAACUCAGAGAAAUGAGUUGUAUAUCUUAACUAUUAUACACACACAUACACACACACACACACACGUUUUUCUUUCAGCUUGUCGCACUAAUGAUACAAUAUUUAUACGUGUGUCUUAUUUAUUUUACUAAUAAGUAUGUUCUCAAAGUGCAUCCAUUUACCUAUAAAAGUGUCCAGCUUAUCAUUUUUUAUAGCUGAGUAGUACUCUAUUUUAUAAAUAUGCCACAUCUUUUUUAUCCAUCCCUCAGUCAGUGGGCAUUUAGGUUGUUUCCAAGAUCUGGCUAUUAUAAACUGUGCUGCUAAUAAUCAUGGGUGCACAUAUAUCACUUUGGUAUAACGUUUUUAAUUCUUUUGAGAAGAAGGGGAAUAGCUGGGUUGAAUAGAACCUCUAAUCCUAGUUUUUUGAGGAAUCACCACACUGAUUUCCACACCUACACUGCACCAGUCUGCAGUUCCACCAACAGUGGAGAAGGGUUCCUUUUUCCCAGAGCCUCUCCAGCAUUUGUUAUUGAUUGAUUUCCUGAUAUUAGCCAUUCUUUCCAGGGUGAGGUGGAAUCUCAGUGUUUUAAUUUGCAUCUCUUGAAUGACCAGUAAUGUUGAAUAUUUUUUCACAUAUUUAUUUGCUGUUUGUAUUUCUUCAUGUGAGAAGCAUGUAUUCAUUUCAGAUGCCCAUUUUUUUAUUGGGUCUUUAAAUCUGGGAGGACUGAUUUCUUUGAGUUCUUUAUUUAUUUAUUUUUUUGGUACUCGGGAUCAAACUCAUGAUCUCACAUUUGCCAGGCAGGCGCUUACACCACUGAGCUAAAUCCCAGGCCCUCUUUAUAUGUUCUUGAUAGUAACCUUUUGUCUGAGGAACAGCUGGCAAACAUUUUCUCCCACAUUGUGGGUUGUCUCUUCACUCUGUUGGUUGUGCAAAACUUUUCAGUAGGGCAAGAUCCUAUUCAUUGAUUCUUUGCAAUAGUUCCUGUGCAACCUGGAAUUUGUACGUAAAGUCUUUGCCUCCACCAAUGUCCCAAGACCAGAUUCACUGGGUUUGCCGCAGUCCAAGCAGUUUCCAAGGGUCUGUGACCAGCUAGGAGCUGCUGGAGGAAGCUGGCAGAAGUUCUGGUUCCAGGCUUAUCCAGCCCAACCUCAAAAUGGCUCCGGGCCAAUCACUUUCUCCGCAGUGGGACUGAGUCCUUUGCAUUCACCACCAGCCUGUACAGGCCUCCAGAUCUGCUACUCCCCUCCACUGCCAUGUCUCUCUGCAGUGUCCUCCAGAGUUGCCAGAUACCACCAUCACCGUGACUGCGUGUUGCCAGGUUCCAACAGCUCCUCUUGGAAAGUUAGUCCAGCUCUGGGUGAAGGCACCACCAGCUACUGCCUUCUUCUUCGUUAAAGUUUUUCUUUUUACUCUCUCUGUGGGCUUCAAUUCACACUUCAGAUUCUUCCUGGGUCCAGGGACCCACUUCCUUGCUUCUUGUCUUCCUCAUGAUGCUCGAUUCCAGUGUCUGAACGAUGACUUUCAGGCUGUCUUCUUUGCUUGGAAGCAUUUAACUUUUAAUUGAUACUGGGUCUUGCAGCUCAAGUUUGUCUUAUAGCUUGGAGGAGAUUUUGGACUUGGACUUUUCAGCAAUGCUAAAACUGUUAUGACUUUGGGAACUCUUAGAGAUGAGCUAAAUGCCUUUUGCAUAAAGGAAUGUACAUGAAUUUUGGGAGGGCCAGAGGUAGAAUGUUAUGGUUCUAAUGUAAUGUAAUGUUGAUAGAUUUAAUACUGGUUCUUACCGGGGAUCGAACUCAUGACUAUGUGCUUGCAAGGCAGGCACUUGUGCCGCUGAGCUAAACCCCCAGCCCUUAAUAUUGGUUCUUAAAGAUUGUUAAACCUGUGUUAUAUUUUUCAAGUUAUGAAAUGAUAAAAAUAAGCAUGUCAGAGUCAGCGAUUUAGCUGAGUGGUACAGCGCCUGUCUGGCAAGUGCAAGGUUCUGAGUUUGAUUCCUCAUAGCCACUCUUCCAAAAAAAUAGAAUAAGUAUGUCUUUGUAUCCAGGAAUGUGUUUAAAGAAAUAUGUCUGAUUGCCAAGUUGACAUAGGGUGCAUUGUAUUAGUUAAUACACUGUUCCUAAUACAUUGGUUAAUACUUGAGUUUAGAAGUUUAACUAAGAGACUCAGCAGAAGGCCAGGGUCCUCACAUUGUAAACCUCCUUAUCUCGUGCAAGAGGAAGACAUGGUUCCAUACUGUGUGGGGUGCAGAAAAAAAAGAGGAAGACAUGGAGAUGGUGUGAGAGCUGCACAUGCUGUAAGAUGGGUAACCUGCUUAAAAAUGUAAGGGAGGAAAAGAGACUUGAUUUUCCCCCUCUCUCAUUUGCUCUUGUUUCUUUUGCUGUCUUGUAUUACCUGAAACUGUUGCCCUUCUGCCUUGCCACAAUGCCUUGGAAUCAGCAGAUAACAGACUGAAACCUCCACAAACUGUGAGCUAAAUAAACCUUUUCUUCUUCAA